CCGCGACGGUCGACGCGCGCGCUCGCGCUCGCGAUCUUCGCGCGCACUUUUGUGCGUUCGUUUUCGCGCGUCGGAAGCGCGAGCACGCGGUCGCGCGGGCGCGACGCGCGCCGCGAACGCGCCGCGCGCCGCACCGCGCGCGCGGACCCUGGACGAGAAUCGUCGUCGCGAUCGCGGUCGCGCGUCGACGCGCGACGGACGCGGGCGUCGCGAGCGCGCGAGAGGCGCGCGUCGCGUAUUCUCGCGUCGAUCGCGCGCGCGGGCGCGCGCGAACGGGCGCGCGUCGGCGAUCGUCGGGGCGGAAGAGGCGAUCGCGCGGAUCGCGGCGGUUCGUCUUGGUGACGUUUUGGUGACCCGGCGCGCGGGACGCGGCGGCGGCGAGCGACGCGGUCGUCGAAGGCGACGAUCGCGAAGGCGCGCGGACGGAGGAGGCGUGGAGACGCGGGCGGGCGACGAUGGAGACGAUCGAGCGGGCGAGAGGGCGCGGAGACGCGAACGACGGGACGACGAGUAGGCGCGAGGCGCGCGGGGACGCGAACGAGCGAAGCGAGACGACGGCGAGCGAGGACGCGAUGGAGACGGGAGGGCGAGAUGAGGACGCGAACGCGAUGGGAAAGGAUGACGGGAACGGUAAGGGGGUCGUGCAUGGGAUGUCGAUAUCGGCCGCGAUCGCGGCGAGACCGACGAUGGACGCGGAGUUGACGACGAAGGCUGUCGUGUCGCACGCGUUGGCGAAGAACGCGCACCUGCGAAAGGUUGCGGGCGAAAGCGCGGGCAAGGAUCCGAAAAAAGGGAAACCAAAGAAAGAGAAACCGCCGAAUCAGUCGCGAGAGAACCGGCGCGUGCGACAGUUUCGGAGCGCGUCGGAGAUUUCGCAAGAGGAGCUUUCGAGUUGCUUUCAUCUUCCAUCCGAGGCUGCGUGCCGAAAGCUCGGCGUCGGUUUGACGGUUUUGAAGCGCCAGUGUCGCAAAUACGGCAUCGCGCGUUGGCCGUUCCGCAAGAUGAAAUCGCUCGAUCGCCUCAUCACGAACGUGCAAGCUGGAAUUUCGCCAGGCGAUCAGAAUAAACUUCUCGUCAAAUCGGUGGAGGAGCUCGAAGAUCAAAAACGCAGGAUGGAGGAAUGCGCGGUGUUGGAUUUGGACGACACCACAAAGAAAUUGCAGCAGGCGUAUUCGAAGGCUAACCACAAGGCGCGAAGAAAUCGAAGCGAUGCGUCGCGGAUUCGAGCCGUCGCCGCGGCGCAAGCCGUUCGCGAGCUUCAGGCGCGCGCUCGAGGCGGGUACGGAGAAGAACCGAACGGUGCGAGCGGCAUGCUGUUGGACCUCGCGCACGAGCUCGCUAUGGGAUCAGAAAAUGGAGAUGACGACGACGAAGGCUCGUCGGACGAUGGGUUCGACAACGAAGACGAAGAUGUGACUACCGAUGCGGACGCCGGCGCUUCGACGCCGGCGUCGCGAGGGGCGAAAUCGGCGAGCGGCGCGACGACUCCGGAUAGAAUCACACCGACGAACAACAGCGAUGGAACUCCGUUGCAAAGUGCACCGCAACUGCUGAGCAACACGCCGAGCGACGCCGGUGCGGCGAUACCGAACAUUGUGAAGGACGAAGGCGGCGACGGCGGCGCGCCGUCGUCCAACGUCAUGGUGCAGAAAGGUUCGGCAAACGCCAAUGAAUUCGUCAAGGUGGACAAGGUGCUAACCGCGGUGCGAGGCACGUGGUCUCCGGCGCGACCAGCGAGAAAAACUGAUGACUUAGACGGUGCGGAGGCGUUUCUCAGUCCAGCGAGCAGGCGCAAAGGUGGUAAGUUGGGAGAGGCGUUGAGCGACGACGAAUACGAAAAGAUCACCAUGUCGGUGCAAAAACGACGAGGUCGUCCUCCUGGACCAUCCAAGCGCGGACGUAAGCGUAAGGGUGCCGAAGUUGAAGACGACCCACUCGCCUCGCUCGCCGCCGCCGCUUUGGAUUCCAUGGGCACGACGAAGAAGACAGCCGUCGCCGCGACGCGCGGACGUCCGAAAUCCGUGCCUGCUGCGGAUAAAACGAGCAGACUCACCGCGUCUGGAAAGAUUACCGCGGCGUCAAAGUACAGGAUGGACGUCCCCGCGGUGACGGAAGAUCACCCGGCGUACGGCUUGACGGCGGGCUUCACCGCCAAAGGCGCGAGAAGCGGCGUCGCGUCACGACUCAGUCAAGUCGAGCGCAGCGACCUCGAGCACUUGCUCCGCGAACGCCUGAAAAAAGGUAAGAUGGCGCUGUGCGACGCGUUCGGUAUCGCUCCCGCGGAAUACGACCAACACUUCGACCCAAAGCUUCAAGCCACGUCGCUCACGAACGCCGUCGAGAAGCUCGCGGUGAAGAGCGCAGCCAAAAUGCGCCGCCUCGAGGCGUGAUCUAGCUCCCCGUA